GUUACAAAAACCCAGAGUCUGAAAGAACCCACCUUCAAUGUCGCUGAUCCCCUCUCUUUUUCUUAAUUUUUUGUCCUUUUUUCUUUUCCUUCCAGCCAUCUUUCAAAUCCGCCCUCACCCCCACUUCCCUUUUUAUCAUUUUGAUUUCACAGCUUUCUCUGAAUCAAUCGCCAUUCUCCAUGCCUAAAAGAGUUCUUUGCAAGUUCUUUGCUCAUGGAGCAUGCCUCAAAGGGGACCAUUGUGAGUUUUCUCAUCACUGGAAGCAUCCUCCGAAUAUUAUAUGCACAUACUAUCAGAAAGGAAACUGCUUUUAUGGUAGCCGGUGCAGAUAUGAACAUGUCAAGUCUUCGCAAACCGAUCCAUCGGCUUCAUCUUCGUCGACAGCACCUGAUUCUGUACCUUUACUUCCUUCAAAAUCCGCAUUUAUUGGGUCGAUUGUAUCUUCAGCUGCUUCUACCAAGUUUCCUGAUUCCAGUAGACCUUUCUUUGCUCCCUCGAAACAAGAAGGGAAUUUGGAAUCUGUGCCUCAGGAUCUAUCUGGUAAUGGUGAAACUGUUAAGCCUAGGAGCGAUAAUCCAGUUCAGCGGUCUAUUUGUUCUUUUGGUGCAGCUGGUAAUUGCCCCGUUGGAGAAAAAUGUCCUCAUAUUCAUGGAGACUUGUGUCCCACCUGUGAAAAGAAUUGUUUGCAUCCUUUUAGAUCUGAAGAAAGGGAGGAACAUAUAAAAAUGUGCAAGAAGAAGCAAAAAUACCUUGAUGCAUUGAAACUUAGUCAAGAAAUAGAAUGCAGUGUCUGCCUCGAUUGUGUUCUCUCGAAACCCACAACAGCUGAGCGUAAGUUUGGAAUUCUUUCGGAAUGUGAUCAUCCAUUCUGCAUAACUUGUAUUAGAAAUUGGCGAAGCAGUUCUCCUUCCUCUGGAAUGGAUGUCAAUACUGCCUUGAGGGGUUGCCCAAUCUGCCGCAAGCUAUCAUAUUUUGUCAUUCCAAGUGUCAUUUGGCAUUGGAGUCCGGAAGAGAAACAGCGAAUUGUGGAUGGCUACAAGGCAAAAUUGAGGUCAAUAAAUUGCAAGUACUUCAACUUUGGAAAUGGGAACUGUCCUUUCGGGAAUAGUUGUUUCUACAAGCAUGCAUAUCGAGAUGGUCAGUUGGAGGAAGCGACUUUACAUCACUUGGAGAAGAUGAACAGACCAUUAUAACUAAAAAUA